UGAACCUCCCCCUUCAUUUCCUUUCAGUCAACAGGAAAACUGGAGCUCAGACUCCAACAGUCGGACACAGACGAUCAGAACAUCAGGAUAAAGGAGAACCUUAAAGGCAGGAAUGAGCAAGAACCAGAAAGAGGUGAAGAAAAUCCAGUCAGUUUAUCUGCAGAACCUGGAAAAACUAAACCAGGGGACAAAACCUGACAAAAAACCUUGGAAACCAAAGGAGGGGGAGUUUGCAGCGAUGGAGAAGCUGCGCCAGCCUCCUUUAUCUGGAUCAGUCAGUAAAAGCUCAGCUCACAGAAUCAGCCGAGACCUGACCUGUUCCAUCUGUCUGGACCUGUUCAGGCAGCCGGUGUCGCUGCCCUGCGACCACACAUUCUGCCAGACCUGCAUAGAGGGAUACUGGAGUGGCCCCCGGGGGCCCGGGCAGGGGGGCACUGGCUCCUGCCCCCAGUGCAGGAAGGUGUACCCCGGACAGAGCUACAGGCCCAAUCGGAUCGUGGCCAACAUCGUGGAGAGUUACUGUCAGGGUCUGGAGGAGAGUGGGAGUGGGGCCCACCGGGUGGAUGGAGGGUUGGCUGAGAGGGUGCCCCCCCCAGCCCCACGAUGCAACAGGCACAGGGAGGAGCUGAAACUCUACUGUGAGGAGGACCAGGAGCUGGUGUGUCUGGUCUGUGGACUCUCCCAGGAACACAGGAACCAUACGAUGGUGUGUGUCCAGGAGGCUCAACACAAGUACAGGGCGUCUCUGAACAGCUCCAUGGAUUCCCUGAAGGCUGAACUCAACACGGCGCUGCAGUGUGACAGGGAAGCAGAAGACGAAGUCAAAAAACUCAAGGAACACACCGCUGACCUGAAGCAGCGAAUCGAGGCCCAGUUUAGUGACCUCCACCAGUUCCUUUACCAAGAGGAAAAACUUCUGCAGGUGAAGCUGAAGACAGAAGAGCGAAGGGAGCUGAUUCGUCUGGAUGAACACAAGGCUCUGCUGUGCGUGGAGAUCUCCCGCCUGCAAAAGGCCGUCCAUGAGAUAGAGGAAAAGCUGAAGGAACAGAACCCGUUCACUCUGCUCCGGAGCAUCAAAGCUUUGCUGCAGAGGCCAUCGCUGAAGUUUGAAAAACCUGUGUUUACACCCCCCAGCCUGUGUGAAGGGCGGUUUGCAGGGCCUCUGCAAUACAGAGUGUGGAAAUCCAUGAAAGGAAGUAUUUACCCAGUUCCAGCAUCCAUCACCUUUAACUCCAGCACCGCCAACCCAUGGCUCAGCCUCACCUCGUCCCUCACCUGUGUCCGGUACCAGACCUUUAACCACACGGUGGAGGACAACCCCCACAGGUUCAAUGCCGCCCUGUCUCUGCUGGGCAGUCAGGGCUUCACCCACGGCCGUCACUACUGGGAGAUCGAGGUCUACAGCAGCACCGUGUGGACUGUGGGCGUGGCCAGGGAGUCGGUGCCCAGGAAGGGGGUCAUCAAAGCCCUCCCCGCCAACGGCUUCUGGACCCUGUCCCUCUCCUAUGGGAUCCAGUACAUGGCUGGAACAUCGCCCCCUACUGUCCUGUCUCUGGAAGAGCCACUGGCCAGGAUUGGUGUUUACCUGGACUAUAAGAGAGGACUGGUGUCGUUCUACAACGCAGAGAGCAUGACUCACCUGUACACCUUCAAGGAGAUCUUCAACGAGACUCUGUACCCGUAUUUUAAUCUGGGUUUCCUGGAUAAAGUACAUGAAAAUGAGCCUCUUAAAGUUUUCUUGCCAAAGAUUUAAUAAGCUGUGAAAAAACAAACUUAAAAACAUCACGACAAACUGCAAAGGAAAAGAAACCAUUUAUACUUUUUUAUUGUAUAUGUGAAGAUACAAAGUUGAUUAGUUCUCAAUAGCAGAUACUAGAAUCAUCUGUCAAAUAGAAUCACAUUUCCCUAAUUUUUUUUCUAAUCUUUUUUCUAGACAACAUGUAUAUACUUUGUUUCAGAGAAGUAAUGUUUCAAAGAAGAAUGUAAAACUGAUGAUUUCACUGUUGUUAAUUCAUUAUAAUACUGUAUUCCAAUAAUCAGUACUGUGAUUUUAUUAUUUUCAUCAGUGAAAUGUCUGAUAUGAUACAAAUGAUUGCAUUCAAGGACUGUAAUUUUUAAUUUGUGCCAAUGGUUCCAAUGGAAAAAAACCCCAAAAAAUCUGUUAUACAUUGAACAUGUCACUGUUGAAACUUUUAUUAAACCAGCUGUGGUUACUGA